AUGACUUUGGUUUCCCUCAUCAUUUGCCCUGUUGGGAUGGUGCUAAAUGCCAUAGUGCUGUGGUUCCUGGGCUUCCAGAUGAGCAGGAAUGCCUUCUCUGUCUAUAUCCUCAACCUGGCUGGGGCUGACUUUUUCUUCCUGUAUUCUCAGUUUUUAUUUUACAUUCUUGCUAUCAUUUCCUACAAGUACUCCAUUUCUUUCCGGAUCCCUUUCCUUUUUGAAGUGUUGGCAAAAGUUGCUUAUCUUUCUGGCCUGAGCAUUCUUAGCACCAUCAGCAUUGAGCGCUGUCUAUGUAUCAUGUGGCCCAUCUGGUAUCGCUGCCAACGACCAAGACACACAUCAUCGGUCACCUGUUUCUUGCUUUGGACUUUGUCCUUGUUGUUUGCUCUUCUGGAGGGGGUGGGAUGUGGCUUGCUGUUUAACAGUUUUGACCAGUCUCGGUGUUUGAGAUUUGAUUUAAUCAUUUGCGCAUGGUCAAUUGUUUUAUUUGUGGUUCUCUGCGGGUCCAGCCUCAUCCUACUUAUCAGGAUCUUCUGUGGCUCCCAGCGGAUACCUGUGACCAGACUGUAUGUGACCAUUGUACUCACAGUGCUAUUCUUCCUGAUCUGCUGUCUUCCCUUUGGAAUCUCCUGGCUCAUCCAAUGGAGUAGAACUUUGGAAUAUGUUGGAAUUUGUGAUUAUUUUCAUGAGGGACUAUUUUUAUCCUCGAUCAACAGCUGUGCCAACCCUAUCGUUUACUUCCUGGUUGGCUUUAUUCGUCAGCGCAAGUUCCAACAGAAGACUCUGAAGCUGCUUCUUCAGAAAGCAAUGGAAGAAGAGUGUGAAGACAGGGGUCCUUCAUGAAAUCCAGAGGAACUG